AUGUUUGGUGGUGGUGGUGAUGAAGGUGGUUGUUGUAGUGGUGGUGGUGGUGGUGGGGAUGGCGGUUGUGGAGGUGGUGGUGGCGGCAGCGGCAGCAAUGUGGUGGUGGUGGUGUUGGUUGUGGAGAUGGUGGAGGAUGUGGAGGUUUUGGAGGAGGAGGUGGUUGUGGUGGUGGUGGUGGUGGAGGUGCCACUGUGGCCGGCCACGUUUUGGCCGGCCGUGCUCUCGUCCGGCCACCAAAGUCGACGGGGCCGGUACCAAAAUGACCGGGCCGCCGUCCUCUUCCUACCCCAGCCGGGUCUCACCGCCAGCCGCCGGGAUUUCGCCGGAAAAUCGAAGAAAACAGCCCGGUUUCGCCUGAAACUUCGCCGGCUUCGUUCUCCGUCGUCCGGCCACCGAUUCCGGCAAGUGAGGUAUGGUUUCUCACCUAUUUUCCGAGCUCUAGCUGAUGGUUGGGUAUUACCAGGAUCGUGUAGGAUUCGACGGAUCGUAAAACGGAGUCCCGGAUACUCCGGAAAUGCCAACCCUGGGGCCCAGUGUGAGGUCGCACGCGUCUUUGGGUUAGCCGGCGUGUUGACAGGCCCCGCCCAGUGUGAGGUCGCACGCGUCUUUGGGUUAGCCGGCGUGUUGACAGACCCCGCCCAGUGUGAGGUCGCACGCGUCUUUGGGUUAGCCGGCGUGUUGACAGACCCCGCCCAGUGUGAGGUCGCACGCGUCUUUGGGUUAGCCGGCGUGUUGACAGACCCCGUACGUGGCCGGGCCCAGUGUGAGGUCGCACGCGUCUUUGGGUUAGCCGGCGUGUUGACAGGCCCCGCCCAGUGUGAGGUCGCACGCGUCUUUGGGUUAGCCGGCGUGUUGACAGGCCCCGCCCAGUGUGAGGUCGCACGCGUCUUUGGGUUAGCCGGCGUGUUGACAGACCCCGUACGUGGCCGGGCCCAGUGUGAGGUCGCACGCGUCUUUGGGUUAGCCGGCGUGUUGACAGACCCCGCCCAGUGUGAGGUCGCACGCGUCUUUGGGUUAGCCGGCGUGUUGACAGACCCCGUACGUGGCCGGGUGGAAAUUUUGGGGAAUGUUCAAUUUACAGGGGAGACUUUGCCGAAAUUUUGGCAGAAAGUCUCGUGCCCUAAAUCCUCUCUGGUAAAAGAGGACGUAGAUUUAAGGAGUAAACCCGGCGUGGGUGUGAUGCCGGGGUCUCCGCAGGGUUCGUCUCGGGUUCCGGGAAAUUCGGGACGGGUCCUUAUCUCGCUGCUUAAAAACUUCGAUGUUAGUGAUGUUCGUUCACUUGAAAGAGAUUUUUGUUCCUCUCAUAAGGAUAAGACGGAAUUGCCCCCGUCUCUCACACACUCUCUCUCUCCCGCGCGUCCUCUCUCUCUCCUCUGGUUUCGCGACAGCCACUGUGGCCGGCCACGUUUUGGCCGGCCGUGCUCUCGUCCGGCCACCAAAGUCGACGGGGCCGGUACCAAAAUGACCGGGCCGCCGUCCUCUUCCUACCCCAGCCAGGUCCCGCCGCCAGCCGCCGUGAUUUCGCCGGAAAACGAAGAGAAAAGCUCGGUUUUGACCGAAACUUCGCCGGCUUCGUUCUCCGUCGUCCGGCCACCGAUUCCGGCAAGUGAGCGUAGGCAACUCGAUUUUCGAAUUGGGUUUCGGCCGGAUUUCGGGAUGAGAUUCCGGCCACUUCCGAGUCCCGAACGGAUAUCGCAUAUCGCGUAUUUUCCGGGUUCGCUGGGAUCGUGUAGGAUUCGACGGAUCGUAAAACGGAGUCCCGGAUACUCCGGAAAUGCCAACCCUGGGGUUAGGGUUUUAGUAACCGUCCGAUCGUGUGAUCGUGAGCGAUCCGACCGUCCGAUCUGGACCAAACUUGCAGGACAUGUGUCCUAG